UUUUGCUUUCACACCGCCACUGUCAGCUGCCAGGACAGUCAGUUGUUCAUUUAAUUGGUUAGGUUUUAAAAAAACAAACAAUGUAUCAGAAAUCAGAGAAUUAAUUCCAGACAACAUUCUACGUUUCUAUAACUACCACAAAUAUAUUUGUAUAUCAUUUCAUUAAAUAAUUUUUUUCAAUAAUGAUAACUCUAUCGCAACGUUUGAAACAAAAACCGCAGACUAAUGAAGCGGCUUCGUCAAGAGCUUCUGUUCGAGAUAGACUUUUAGUCAAAGAAGCCCAAGAAAUGGCUCAGCUUCUACCAGCCUGUUGUGCUGUCCACUAUAUGAACGAAAAUGAUUUGAGUAAAUUCAUUCUGGAAGUUAAACCUACAGAAGGAUACUGGGAAGGAGGAACGUUUAGAUUUGAAAUAUGUGUGACUGAUGAAUAUAACAUGGUGCCUCCACUAGUCAAGUGCUUGACAAAGUUGUGGCAUCCCAAUAUCAACGAAUCAGGGGAGGUGUGCUUAUCCCUUUUGAGGAGACAUAGCGUGGACGGAAUGGGUUGGUCUCCUAUUCGAAGACUGAAUGAUGUUGUUUGGGGCCUACACGCCCUAUUUACGGAUUUAUUAAAUUUUGAAGACCCCCUCAACGUGGAGGCAGCUGACAUGUAUAGAUACUCCAAAGAAGAAUUCAAACUCAAAGUGAUGGAGUAUCUUGCGGUUUACGCAAAAGAAUGAAAUCUUAAUUACUCACUGUAUUAUUUUGUAUACUUGUUUCACUUGUACAUUACUUCCUAGUUUUAAAUUAUUGUGAUACGUAUAGUUUGCUUCAAAAAUUUUUUAAGAUGUGAAAUAAUAUAGUUGAUACAA